CUGCUGUUGUCUGCUGUCUGACUGACUUCUCUCCUUGCUGCUCCUGAUGUCCUGAAAAACAAAAUUCAGAAACCGACAGAAAAACGAGAGGAUACUGAGUUGUCUUUCAGCAUCUGAUCUUCACCAGAUCUAUUAGAGAAUCUGAGGGAUUCGACUGAAUCAAGAUGUUGCUGAUCAUUGAAGCUCUUCUUCUCAUUGUAGCUGCUCUAGGACAGGAUCACAGAGCAGCUGCUGCAAGAAAGAUUUAUCCGCUGGAUAUUGCACAGAAUUCAGUUGAUGAUCAAUAUGGUGGCUGUAAAGUGAAAAUGGCACAUCUGGUGAAGACAAAAUAUCUUGAGAAGGAAAUCAAUAACUCAACUGAUUUUAGAAAUGCUUGGCAAGAAGGUGAAGCUAAUGCCACAGCUCCAGAAGAUAACUUGACAAGGAAUCAUUCAAUUGCCAUUUACGUGUACACCAACCUUAAUUCUAACAUCUACCGCAAUUUUAAUAUGGCUGUUCGUAAUGGUAAGCAAAACUACACAAACCAGGCAUUUAAAUGGUAUUCACUUCACUUUUUGUUAAGCGAUGCAAUACAGAUACUGACUGAAACACAGAAGAAAUGCAAGUCAACAUAUCGUGGUACUACAGUUGAAUUUUAUCAAAAUGUUACAGGCAAAAAGGUUCGAUUCGGCUCAUUUACAUCAUCAUCUCUUGAACGUAAAAUAGCACAAGAUUUUGGAAAUAAAUCUUGUUUUGAAAUCAAAACUUGUGAAGGUGCUGAUGUGAUAAAAUACUCUAAGUAUCCUGAACAGAAAGAGGUGUUGAUUCCUCCAUACGAGGAGUUUAAAGUCACUGCUGUCAAGAUGAGAAAAUAUCAUACAAAUCUCUGGUGUGACAUUGUGUACAGGUUGGAAAGCUUUGGGAAAAGAAGUGACCUGAACUGUGCAGUGGCUUUCAAGAAACCAUCCAAGUUCCUUAAAAAUACAUCAACAUUUAACACUUCUGCAUUUUGCAGAUGCUUUUAUCGAAAGCUAAUGGCCAGUCAAGUCCAUACAAAAAGUAAGUUUAUAGGCCGACCAUGUGGUUGUCUAGGACAGAAUCAGAUGCUCGUACAUGCUCGUCUCAAUCCCACUGAUGGAGAAACUCACACCGGCCAUCAUAGUGUUCAGAAACAACGCUGCUGCUGUAGAUUUUGAGCUACAGUAAGACUUCAGGAUGUAUGUUGCGUGUUUUAAAUUGACCUCCUCGCAUGAUUUCCAUAAUACAUGCUUGUUUCUGUACUCGUUCACCAUAUAGUUAUUUACUUAUUGCUUUUUUAUUUACUAUUACUUUUCUAUUACUAUUAUGUUGUGUCCAGUAUUGUAUCCACAAGUAAGAUAUAGAUAUACAAAAUGUCUUCAUUGUUAGCUUUUAACAUCACAUGAUAUUGUUGUGAAGUAUUUCCAUUGCCUCCGCAUUGCUAUAAUAUUUGUUGAAUUUGUGCUUUUCAGAUGAAGAUUUUUCAAUAAGCUGCUAAUAAAAUGCUAAUGUUUGCUUUUAA